UAUUAUAUUCUUAAUUUCUUUUCCCAAAAUUAAGAAUGGGUGGGUUCCUUCUUGUUUCCCUUAGCGGCCGCCACAUGCUUGUCCUUGUGUUGUUAUUUGCCUCAUCAGUUCAACUAUAUUCUAAUCAUCCGUGGAUGAUGCAUGCUCAAAGUUUGACGUCUUGGGCGGGUAGCGAUCAUGAUUAUUGCAACUUGUAUGAGGGAAGCUGGGUGCGUGCACCAUUUGAGGAGGGAGAUUGCCCAAUAGACCUAGUUCCACUCAAUCGCCAGUGCUCUAACAAGCAUGAUAAGGAGUACCUCAAUUACAAGUGGCAGCCCACCAAUUGUGAUCUUCCACUGUUUGAUGUAAAUGGUUUCUUGGGAAAGUAUAAAGGCAAAACGGUUAUGUUCGUGGGAGACUCCAUAGCACAAAACCAGUGGAUGUCACUGGCAUGCUUGAUUUUCAAGCAUUAUUGGAGCUACACCCGCAGCUACAUCAAAAACCACCAGCAAAAGGUGAUUGCCAUCAAUAUCUUUUUCCAUGAACCGGCAGUCAGUAUUGUCUACCAACAAAAUCGGUUUCUGGUUGACAUGGUGGGUGAGAGUGAUACCAAUAACGGCCCAGUCAUAAUGCUUGACUCCAUCUCAUCUGAAAUUACCCAACUCUGGUCGACGGCCGAUCUCUUAGUUGUCAACAGUUAUCAUUGGUGGACGCACAGCGGCUCCAUACAACCAUGGAAAUAUUUAGAAAUUGACGGUAUGAAGUAUAGUACAAUGGAUCACAUGAGCGCAUAUGGUCGUGCUUUAAAUACAUGGGCUAAAUGGGUGGAUAAAAACAUUGAUCCCCAGAAGACAAGAGUCUUUUUCCAAGGGAUAUCUGCUUUGCAUCUAAAUUACUGGACGCCAAAUGGCGAAAAAAGAGAGAACUGCUUGGGGGAAAGAGAGCCAAUAAAGGGCUCAACUUUCCUAGGAAUGCCCUAUCCAGGAGAGAUGGCUCUAAUGGUGACGAGGAUCUCCGGAACGAUUAUUAGCAUAGCCUGCAGACCCAAAACGCCGCCUUUUGUGCACGGAUCAGCAGACGGGUAUCUACCCGACCCGUGUGGGAAACCAGGUUCGCCAUUUUCGACCUCCACAACGACGGCGGCCGUGGAGGAUUCGCCGGACAGGAUCUUGGGAUUACCCAAGGAUUACGAGGAUUACCGGCGGUCGAUGUAUGGUGGGCUGACCCACGAGGCUCUCCUAGUUGAUGCCGUCGGCACUCUAGUUGCUCCCUCUCAGCCCAUGGCUCAGAUUGGUGAGAAGUAUGGGGUGGAGUGUUCUGAAGCUGAGAUACUGAACAGAUACAGAAGGGCUUAUGAGCAACCUUGGGGUAGAUCUAGGCUCAGAUAUGUUAAUGAUGGGAGGCCAUUCUGGCAGCAUAUAGUGAGUUCGUCUACUGGAUGUUCUGACUCUGGGUACUUUGAGGAGUUGUAUAACUAUUAUGCCACUAAUGAGGCUUGGCAUCUCUGUGAUCCUAAUGCAGAGAGGGUAUUCAAGGCUCUCAGAAAUGCAGGGGUAAAGUUGGGUGUUGUUUCUAACUUUGACACACGAUUGAGACCUUUGUUGAGGGCUCUCAACUGCGAUCACUGGUUUGAUGCUGUGGCUGUGUCGGCUGAAGUUGAAGCAGAGAAGCCAAACCCAACAAUAUUUUUAAAAGCUUGUGAAUAUUUAGGAGUGAAUCCCGAGGAUGCUGUACAUGUAGGAGAUGACCGUAGAAAUGACGUUUGGGGGGCUAGAGAUGCUGGUUGUGAUGCUUGGCUUUGGGGUAGCGAUGUCCACUCCUUCAAAGAGGUUGCCCAGAGAAUAGGAGUUGACGUUUGACCGAACAAUGGUUUACUCUCGCAUAGGAUUUGAGGUUUUUCAUGGUGCAAACUUUUUUUAAAAUUGUUUUGUUCUGUGAAUCAUCGACCAGCUACAAAUGGUAUGGGGAGUGAAACUCACCCAAAUGUAAAUUGUUGAUCCAUAUAUGUAAUAGCCUUUUGUAUUAUCUUCUUCCCGUUCACAAUAACUUCUCCCUUCUCCCCGGUCGUGUGUUAUCUUCUCCAUUCUCUUGGGUCAUGGAUUUAGAUUGUUGACAUUAUUUGUCUUGGAUAUGAUUUUGAUGCACGAAAAAUCAAGGAUAACGACAAAGUGAAGACAUUAAAGUGGAAGGACCAGUCAAGAAAAUGCAAGCAAGAGUUGUAUUAUCAUGAUUUUGAAGUUCACAUGUGAAAUGGGGUCCUUCUCACAUAUAUUCUAUUAGUGUGAAAUUG